AACCAUUGAUCGAUCUCGAUCGAUUCUUCGAUCCAGUUUCCCUGGCAGCUUCCUACGUCAUCAACAGGUAGGAAUGCUGGGAGGCAAUUACUAAGGAGACCAAGAGUGAGCUAGCCCGGACAUUCUGCAGCAGGCCCUCCCAACAGCAGGCAGCACCAACAUUUCUUGCAGUUUCAACUUAUAGUUACCAUCUUACCAUCCUACCAUCAACGGCUGUUUCUUCACGCUCAUAGAGGACACACCACGUCAGAAUAUCUGGGAGAGAUCUAAAAGAACUUUGGGCAACAAUGUCUAACAGGCCUGGCAGUGCACAGUCCCGCACUGCGUGGGACGACGGGUACGGCGACGGUAUCCGCAAUGACCCUGACCUUGGCAUGGACAGUGAGGGCUACAUGGCCGGCCAGAGCCGCAGCGCCAAGUCCUCGUCCAGCCAGAUGGUAUCCUCCACGACGGAGCUCAAGUCCAAGUCCAGUCGCUCUGGAGGAAAGGGAGUGUUGAGUUUCUUCACUCGCGGCGUUCGCUCUCUGUGGGCCACCCGCCAAACGGAAGAGACCAAGACGAACCGCGAGCUGUACGUGAAGACGACCCUGAGAGAGCUGAUCAUUUACAUCGUGUUCCUGGUCGUACUGUGUGUCAUUACGUUCGGCAUGACCUCGACGACCAUGUACUACUACACCAAGGUCAUGAGUGAUCUGUUCCUGGACACGGCAAACAGUGAAAACGGCGGAACCUUCCGGACUCUGACCAGUGUGGAGGAUUUCUGGAGAUACGCCAAAGGACCCCUGGUGAACGGCCUGUACUGGGAGACCUGGUACAACAACGACACAACGCCCCCUGGUGGACUCGGCUACAUCUACUACGAGAACAAGUUACUGGGUGUGCCGAGACUGCGACAGCUCAAGGUCCACAACGACUCCUGCCAGGUUCAUGAGGAUUUUGAGAGCUUCAUCUCCGAGUGCUACGAUUCCUACGCCGAGAGCAUCGAAGACACCAAGUCCUUCGGCCCAUACCUGACCGAGCCCGAUGACACCUCCUGGAAAUAUUUCACGGAGGAUCAGCUGCACGGCUCAUCUCACUGGGGGCUGCUGGGCGUGACUUACAGCGGCGCAGGCUAUUACAAAGACUUGAACAGCACCAAGGCCGCCUCUGUGGAGAUCGUCAAUCACUUGUUUGACGAGCUGUGGAUCCGGCGAGGGACAAGGGCUGUGUUUGUCGACUUUACGGUUUACAAUGCCAACAUCAAUCUCUUCUGUGUGGUCAGACUGCUGGUGGAGUUCCCGGCGACAGGUGGCGCCAUCCCAUCAUGGACGUUCCGCACGGUGAAGCUGAUCCGCUACGUGACAGUGGGCGACUACUUCAUCCUGGCCUGUGAGAUCAUCUUCUGUCUGUUCAUCCUGUACUACAUGGUGGAGGAGGCCCUCGAGAUUAAGAAGCACAAGCUGUCCUACUUCAAAAGCUUCUGGAACAUUCUGGACAUUCUGGUGAUCAUCAUCUCCAUCGUGUGCGUGGCGUUCAACGUGUACCGGACCCUGGAAGUGGAUGCCAAGCUGGAUGAGUUGCUGGCCGAUCCGACGGUCUACGCCGACUUUGAGCGGCUCAGCUACUGGGAGACGAGGUUCAGCAACGCUAUAGCCAUCGCUGUCUUCAUGGCCUGGAUCAAGAUCUUCAAGUACAUCAGCUUCAACAAAACGAUGACCCAGCUGUCCUCCACUCUGGGCCGCUGCGCCAAGGACCUGGCUGGCUUCUUCGUCAUGUUCCUCAUCAUCUUCCUGGCCUUCACGCAGCUGGGUUAUCUGCUCUUUGGCACGCAGGUCAAGGACUUCAGCAGCUUUGAGAACUCCUUCUUCACCCUGUUCCGGAUCAUCCUGGGUGACUUUGACUUCCACCAGCUGGAGCAGGCCAAUCGCAUCCUGGGCCCCAUCUUCUUCAUGCUCUUUGUCUUCUUCGUCUUCUUCGUGCUCAUCAACAUGUUCCUGGCCAUCAUCAACGACACCUACUCCGAGGUCAAGUCCGACAUGGCCAACACAAAGAACGAGUUUGAGAUUGCCGAUUACUUCAAGAAGGGCUACAUGAAGAUGCUGGACAAACUGAACUUCAAGCGGGACAAGAUCGUGGACAUCCAGAAGGCUCUGCAGUCGGCCGACAUCAACCAGGACAAGCAGCUGGACUUUGACGAGUGGCGCCAGGACCUCAAAUCUCGCGGCUACGCUGACGGUGAAAUCGAGGCCAUGUUUGCCAAGUACGACAUCGACGGGGACCGCGUACUGGACGAGGAGGAGCAGAAGCGCAUGCAGGCGGACCUGGCAGAUCAGACGGCUGCCCUGAACAAAGAGUACGAAGACCUUGGAGGAAAGACAGACCGCCCCGGCACAGGUCGUCGAUCCAGCAGUCGCGUCAGCUUCAACGAAGGAGACAGCGGUGACGACAGUGACGACGAAGACAGCGGCACAAAAUCCUCGAGAACAGGCCGCACAUCCAACGGAGUCUCUUACGAAGAAUUUACCGUGUUGUCCAGACGCGUGGACAGAAUGGAGCAUUCUAUUGGCAGCAUAGUUUCAAAGAUUGACGCAGUGCUCGUCAAAUUAGAAGCUAUGGAAAAAGCAAAAUUAAAACGUAGAGAAACAAUGGGCAAAAUAUUGGAUAGUAUAACAGAGUCGGAUGGUACGAGUGACGAGAUGAAACGAGAACAGAUGGAAAAAUUGGUGAGAGAAGAGUUAGAGCGGUGGGAUUCUGAGACGUCUGUCGGGGCAAACAGCGGUCGAGGGGCGUCGCCGGGCGGGGGGAGUGGUCACAGUGGCCUACGCCCACGCUCCAGAGCAGAAUCGGCGCAAAACGGGGACUUCGAGGAAAGCCACAUGACGUCCACUUUGUAGACAUAGAGAUGACCGGCCAACGAUCUUCAUGAGUGUGUUUUUGUCAAUCGACCCGAUGUUCUGCAUUCCAACUACAUUACAGUGUACUAGCCUGCUUUGUUGAACUAAGUUACAAACCAACUUGUUUUCUAAACCUCUAUUGGCAAAAUUGUUUGAUCUAACUCUAUGUGUCUCUCUUGUUUGAAGGCGAUGUCCAAUUUCUAGUUUAAGUUUUGCAGGUAUCAAACAAGAAGAUAGUGGUUUUUUUCUUUGUUUUGUUUUUGUUUGCUUUCUUUGGAUGAACAGGGUAAAUUUGACUGGUUUAAAGAAAUAUUUGUUUAGUUUUCACUAUUGAUUGCUUUGAGUUUUGUGUAAGUCAUCUAUGAAGAUUGUUCCUCUGCCUUUAAGUCAAGGUCAUCAAAUUGUCCAUUGACAUUAUUGUGUGUCAGUUAUUCAAGUAUAGCACUUUGGGGGAUAGCUUCUGACAUUCACAAAAGGCAGUUGAAAAAUUUUAGAUUUUGAAAUGGUUUAUUAUACUUAAUGUCCAAAAGAUAUGACAAUUUAUAAAAACAGAACAUUUGGAAAAAACGUUUUUGAUGGGAUGGGACAAGUAUUUUUUUUUCUUUCUGCAAUCUGAAUGAUUUACUUUGUUAUUUUUGUUUAAGUAUUUGUUUGGUUUAAUUUUCUCUGUGGUAAUUAUGUUAAUUGUUGUUUUUUUAUUUUAAUUUAUUUUGAUUUAUGUUGAUUGCUUAGGGCAUCUUGCACAUGAGCCUGACUUUCCGUCCAUUUUGAUAAUUCAUCUAGUCACCAAAUUUUGCAAAUGCUUCAUGUUGUAUCCAAAGAUUCUUAUGACUCGAGUUGAAAAAAUCUGGUGGUGUUGUGUGUUCUCA